AUGGCCAACUCCCUAUUUCCGGGCUUAUCGGACGGCAAGGACUCAACGAAAAAAGCAUAUGAAAUCCUCGACGAAAUGAUCGGCAGAGGGAACAGGGUCGCGGAAGUCCGUAAGCUAGAACUGCUUGGACUAAAGCGUCUGUUCGGCGAGCUUGCCGCAAGUGUUGAAGAACGAGGACUUCGAACUCUGACAUUGCUGGAUCCUAAGGAUAUGCUGGGUCCGAGUACGGGCAUGAUGAAUGAUGGUUCUCAGUUACCAGUGAUGCCGUGUACGGAUCCUGAGGGAAUGGGACAGUCGCUCAAUGGACAAGAUAAUUCUUCUUUUGUUAAGUCUGAUCCGCAAUUGCUGUGCGAUGCGGAGUUCCUGGAUAAUAUUGGAAUUUCGUCGUCCGAGUUUCUUUCAAUCAUUGAUCAGAUGGGAUAUUCUGAUCUUUAG